GAGCUGUGGGGCAAGGAAUGGAGCAGAUGGACACAAGAGGACCUGCCCUCUAAUAUCAAUGGUUUCAACUGUGUCUCUUUUAUAAGAAUUUUUGUUUUGACAUCAUUUCAGACUUACAGAAAGGUUGCCAGAACAGUACAAAGAAUUUCCAGACAUGCUUCAUUCAGACUCCCUGUUUGUUACCGUUUUACAUGUUCUUCCCACUGUAUUUCAAGGGGAAUCAGAGACGAGGCAAGUUAAUGUCGAGGUGCUUUAUUCUCCAAAUUCUCCUAAAGAUGUUCCCCUGGAUGAUAGCCUCCGGACUCCCAAGCAGUGACCUUCCUCUUGCGGAAGCUACAGACUCCUUCCCCUUCUUACCCACCCCCCCCUUUUGCCAAGAUCACAGAACAGGAAGCAAUGCUUGUCCAGGGAUGCUGCCCACACAGAGAAACUGUAAAGGAGAAAGGGUGUCACCAGAACAGAAGGGUCAUCUUCCUGAAAGAAGGAGCCUCUGCCUACCACACCGUCUGCCAGCCAGCCAGCCCUCCGGGGGAGAGCAGCACCUUCCCCUUCUCCACCAUGAACUGGUGCAUGAUCAUCUCGGUGCUGAUCGUGGUGGUCCUAAAAGUUGUCGGAAUGACCUUAUUCCUGCUGCAUUUCCCACAGAUUUUUGGCAAAAGUAAUUUCAGCUUCAUCCCCACAGAGAGCUACGGAACAGUCUGCCCCGCUGGGUGGGAUCUGCAUCAAGGGAAAUGCUUCCUCUUGUCCAUCUUUGAAUCACCUUGGAACAAAAGCAGGAGCUUUUGUAAAGAAGAAGGAUCUACCCUGGCAAUAGUCAACACCCCAGAGAAGCUGAAGUUUCUCCAGGACAUAGCUGGUGCUGAGAUGUACUUCAUUGGCUUAACAUACCAGCCUGCAGAGAAAAGAUGGCGAUGGAUCAACAACUACGAGUUCAACGGCAAUGUCACCAACUACCGCCAGAAUUUCAACUGUGCGACCAUAGGCCUAACAAAGACAUUCGAUGCAGCGUUCUGCGACAUCAACCACCGCUGGAUCUGCGAGAAGAAUGCCAAAUGACCACAGUCCCCGUGGUGUCUGACGAGAUCACCAAAUACAUUCAGGGAGGCAGCAGAAAGAAUAUUUACAACUAGUCCAGGAAAUGCAGAGCAUCAGACCACUGCGCCAGUCACCCACAGGCUACUGCCCAGCUCCCUCGUAGACCCCAGAGCUCAGGCAUCCCUCCACAAACACACUCACAUGAUACACCUGGGCUAAAUCCCUGUUCUGUCCAGCAGUUCCCAAGACCCCUUCCUGUGAGAGUUUUACCUGUGGCCCACUUUAGAUCCACAAGGCUGUCUGGUCAAUGACCUCUUUGCCAUCUGUCAAUGGUAGAGGUCCCUGUCUAUUUGGGGGCAUGAGCUUCUAGGCUCUGCUUUGGGGCUAGGUGAUAGCCUUCUCAGGAAAAGAGUCAGUUUUAUGGAGACAACUCAUGUGCUAUGGAAACUAAUCUGUUUCUAGAGAACUUGGCAUUGCUGACUGACCAGCAGGCAGAGUUUAGCCUGUGGCCAGGGUUUGCUUUAUCAUCGCUGUGACCACACCAUGAGGGAGAAACUGCAGACAGCUCAGGUGUGAAGGUUAUUUAGAGAGCCUCAUUGGUGGAAGAGGAUAAACUCAGCUUCUGUGACCCCACCCCUGUUCCCAAGAGACCCCUGUCCACGUGAGUCCCUGGGUGGGACAGCAGAGGCCUCCUCAGUCUGAAGCAAGGCCAGGCCUAGUGAAGGGCACCUGGAGCAGAGCCUGGCGCAGGGAAAGCAUUGCUCAUGGGGAUGGAGAGGGGUCUGCUUAGAACAGGACUCUGCCCAGAGGUCCCUCGGAAGAUGAUCAGGCAGCCAAGUGCCCAGAAAAACUGGCUGUCUGCUCUUCAGCAAAGCCCUGAAGAGACACUUGAGCUGAAUAUAGCUCCUGUGCAACCAUAAUUUGAAUAAGCAGAUUCCCUUUGCUCUGCAGGUUUGAUGACCUGACCAUGUUGUGUUGAGUAUAUUUUAAGAAUUUGGGAGAGACACUUGGGCCCCACAGAUCACAACACAGUCCUCCCUUCAGUUCUAGAGAGACUCCUGCUGCCGGGGAUAGCCUAUUGAUCCGAAGGCCCAAGCCUUGAACCGGUUGGCAUCCCACUGACCCAGACUGGUCCAGCUGACCCAAGAGGAAGUAUUGGGUGAAGCAAGGAGAGGCAGAAAGUGGAAGGGGGACACGAGAGACAAAUGGAAGCCAUGUGAGGGAGGGAACGGGGAAUUCAUUUGGUCAUCCUCAAAGAAAGGCAGAAGGCAGGUAAAAAGUUUUGAGGCCCUGACUCUUCUCCACACUCCUGACACAACCUUAGCCACCCACUCCUCCAUGCAUAGAAAGGAGACAUGGGCAGCCUUGUGCAUUUGGAGCAAUAAGAACUAAACCACCAUGGAAGGCUGUAUAAAAUCAACGGGAAUCAUAGUCACCUACAUAAGCUGCUUGCCAUUUGUGUCUAAUAAUGUACCCCAAUAACAACUGUGCAUAUCAUUACAUGUAUAUCACACUAAA